AGUUUCCUAGUCUUGUUGCUUGAGGUACAAUCCAUAGAAUUCUUUUCACAAGGCUUAUUUAUCACAGAAGUAGAUGUUGAAGGGCCCUGUGAAGCAAGUGAUCACGAGAAGAGAAAAGCCAGUGUUGCGGUUAACAACAUAAUAUCCGUGCUGGCAAACUACAGUGAGUUGACAGGCAGACUGGUUGGUGACAAGAGAUGCUGUCAAUCUGGAACGAGUCUGCUCAGUGCUUCCUUAAAUAUAUCUUUUGGUAGAAUAAAACAAAGCUUUGUAUUAACCGAUGCGCACUUACCUGACAUGCCAAUUGUCUAUGCAAGUGAUGCCUUCCUAAGAUUAACAGGCUUCUCGAGACAUGAAGUAUUGGGCCGUAAUUGUAGGUUUUUAAGUGGGGAAGAUACAGACAGAAGUACACAAUUUCAGAUAAGACAUUGCAUCCAAAAUGAACAACCAUGUACUGUACAUAUCUUAAAUUACAGAAAAGACGGAACAUCAUUUUGGAAUUUUCUUCACAUUUCACCGGUCCGGAAUGCUUCAGGCAAGGUUGCAUACUUUGUUGGCAUUCAGAUAGAAGAUACAAGCGAGGCUGGGGGGAAACAAGGGCUAAAUCCGGAGAUGAGGCAGCGCAGUGUUGUAGCUGCUGUAAAGGUUGCUGUAAGAGGCUUGUCAAUGGGUGCAAGCACCUCCUAGUUCUUGAACAAAUUUGUUUUUCCUUUUUGUGCUAAUAAACACUGAAUUCUGCUAAAAAAUGUAUUGUUUCAUAGCACAUUAGCAUCAGUUAAAAAAAAAAAAACACAUAAAUAGUAUGUUAUGAAAAUUUGAUCUUUUCUUUGUCAUAUAUUCAGAUGCCUGAAUGUUGAUUGAA